UGUAUUGAUUAGAUUGUAUUAUUAACCAAUGUUUGUAGAAUAUAGGUGCAACAUUCAAUCAUAUUUCCAAAAAUUUAAAUAUUUCAGAUUAAAAAAUGGAGUCUGGUUCGCAACAUACAGAAAAUGAUAAAAAGCAAAAUUUAAUCGAAGAGCUCAAGAGUAUUGAAACCGGGACAAAUGAGAAGAAAGUAUUAAGACAUGUCGUUUGUGAUAUUCUCAUUCUGAAAAACAAGAUGGAGGAAAAUCUUAAGUUAAUAAAAGACGAAGAUUUUGCGGAUUUUACUAAAAGAUUGCUACCAAGAGCUAUAGAUCAGAUAGAAACUAUUGAUAGAAUAUUGAAUCUUGUUCUGCUCUGGUUUAAGGAUGGAAUAGGAUUGGCAUUAACUCUUCUUCCAGAGGUUCCUGUAUAUACUAUUGAAGAUGACAAUAAAAAUAAAAACAAGCAGAAUGGCAAUUAUGACGAUGAUGAUGAUGACGAUGAUGAAGAUGAUGAUGAUCAUGAGAAUGCCACAAACGAUGACAAAGAUGAUAGUUUUGAGGAUGGAGAGGAGAUUAAAAUUGAAAUUGAUGUUUACGAAAAUUCAGAAGAAAAUUCACAAACAAAACUAGAAACUGGAAUUAAGAGAGAUUUUCAAGAUAGCGACGACUCAAAGUCUGUAGUUAAUCUGAAACUUGAACCUGGAAACUCGAAACUUCAUCUCGCCCAGUCAAUUGAGAACGGAGAACUGCUGCCAUGUGACGAAUGUGAGUAUUUAGGAACCUGUAAAAUGAAUCUAAUGAGACAUAAACAACGUUCGCAUGAAAAAAUGGUUUGUCCCUGUGAGUUUUGUGACUAUGUUGGAACCAGUACGGAGAAUUUGCUACGACACCAAAAGCGUCAUAAUCCAGACAGGUUUUCAUGCAAUAUAUGUGAUUAUGUGGGGACAACUAAGCAAGAUUUAUUCAAACACAUUCAAACCAAACAUGACGGGUCACGAUAUUCCUGUGAUGUUUGUGAGUACACAACAGACACUAUAGUUUCAUUAAACGCUCAUAAAAAGGUUGAACAUGUGAAAAGAACUUAUCCCUGCAAUGAGUGUGGAUAUGUAGCAACUCGGAAACUAAAUCUAAGACUGCACCUUGAAAGAAAGCAUAAAGGUGUUCGAUACUAUUGUGAUCAAUGUGAUCGUUCAUUCACCGGAGAGGGAAACCUGAAAAGACACGUGAAAACUAUCCAUGAAGGACAACGAUAUAACUGUGAUCAGUGUGAUUUUUCCGGAUCCCAACAAAGUAAAUUAAAAGAACACAUUGACAGUGUUCACAACGGAAUUGUUUAUCAGUGUGAUGAGUGUGAUUAUGUAGCCAAACUUUCUAGCACUCUCAGAACGCAUAAAGCAAUAAAUCAUAAAUUCAAAGAAAAGGAAAUGCACCUGUGUGACCAAUGUGAACAUGUCGCAUCUACUAAAGGAAAUUUAAAUACACACAAAGAGAGGAAACAUAACGAUAAAUCUUCAACUCAUUAUUGUGAUAAAUGUGACUUUUCUACUCACGUAUUAUUAGACUUGAAGAGACACAGAAAAAGGCAUGAUGAAAGUCAACAUCUCUGUGAUCAGUGCACAUAUGUUGGGAAUACAAUAGAAUAUUUAAAACGACACAAACAGGUCAAGCAUGAAGGUAUUCGAUUCCCCUGUGAUCUUUGUUCUUAUGCAGCAACGGACAACGCACAUUUAAGAAUACACAAAGAAAGCGUUCAUCUCGGUAUUAAGUAUCCCUGUGACUUAUGUGAUUUUGCUGCAUCCUCUAAGGGAAAUCUGAAACAGCACAAAGAAAGCAAACACGACGAUACUAGAUAUCCGUGUAGUCAAUGUGGACAUAUAGCCACAACUCAGUAUGGUUUAAGGAAGCAUGUUAAAAGUAAACACGAAUAUGCCAAACACUCUAUAGUUAACUAUGGUAUAUAAAUUAAUUAUUUAACUGUUAAAAUUGUUUUCAUUACUUCACCUAUUGUUAAAUGAUGUCAAACAUCCCUUAAUUUUAUAUAUUUUUUAUUUAUAACUUGAAAGGAACGUAACUUUUUUAUUAUCUAUUUUUAAUACUAGUAUAUUAAAACUUUACCAUGA